AUGAGGAAAGCUCUGUCACGUGAAAGCCGUUCCCCCAGACACAUAAUCUCUCCUUAUUUUAGUUGCGUUCUCUCCACAGACAAGCGCUCUGUCCACAGAGACAAGCGCUCUCUCCACAGAGACAACGGUCCGUCCACAGAGACAAGCGCUCUCCACAGAGACAACGCCUCUUCACAGAGACUCUCCGUCCACAGAGACAAGCGCUCUCUCCACAGAGACAACGCUCUCUCCACAGAGACAAGACUCUCCUCUCCGUCCUCUCCACAGAGACAACGCUCCGUCCACAGAGUCAAGCGCUCUCCACAGAGACAACGCUCCGUCCACAGAGCUCUCUCCACAGAGACAACGCUCCAUCCACAGAGACAAGCGCUCUCUCCACAGAGACAACUCUCCGUCCACAGAGACAAGCGCUCUCUCCACAGAGACAAGCGCUCUCUCCACAGAGACAACGCUCCGUCCACAGAGACAAGCGCUCUCUCCACAGAGACAACGCUCCGUCCACAGAGACAAGCGCUCUCUCCACAGAGACAAGCGCUCUCUCCACAGAGACAACGCUCCAUCCACAGAGACAAGCACUCUCUCCACAGAGACAAGCGCUCUCUCCACAGAGACAAGCGCUCUCUCCACAGAGACAACGCUCCAUCCAAAGAGACAAGCACUCUCUCCACAGAGACAAGCGCUCUCUCCACAGAGACAACGCUCCGUCCAAAGAAAUUGAGAUACAUUAUAAGAAAACUUAAUUCCGGAUGA